CUUGGUAUCUUGCUCAUGACAGGUCUUUCUGUGAUUCUUGAUCAGCAAGGUAUUAUGAAAUCUGGCAUGGCUUCUGGGGAAGUUGAACCUACAGUUCAAACUCAGACGAUUAAAUUUGCCGAUGUACAGGGAGUAGAUGAAGCAAAACAAGAACUGGAAGAGAUUGUUCAGUUUUUGAAAGAACCACUCAAGUUUAUGGAACUUGGAGGUAAACUACCCAAAGGUGUGCUUCUUUAUGGUCCUCCUGGAACUGGAAAAACUCAUCUUGCUCGUGCCAUUGCUGGAGAAGCUGGUGUUCCUUUUUUCCAAAUGAGCGGAUCUGAGUUUGACGAACUGUAUGUUGGCGUUGGUGCUCGUCGUGUUCGAGAACUGUUUGCUGCUGCAAAAAAACGUGCACCGUGUAUUGUGUUUAUUGAUGAGUUGGAUGCUGUAGGUUCAAAGCGAUCUACAAAAGAUCAAAGCUAUAUGCGUCAAACACUAAACCAGUUGCUUGUAGAGUUGGAUGGAUUUUCUCCUACUGAGGGUGUUAUUUUAAUUGCUGCAACAAAUACUCCCGAUUCUCUUGACAAGGCACUUGUUCGUCCUGGACGAUUUGAUCGUUUGGUGCCUGUUCCACUUCCUGAUGUCAAGGGUCGAACACAGAUUCUCAAGGUACAUAUGCGUGGUGUUCAAAUGGAUCGUGGUGUCGAUGCCAGCAUUAUUGCUCGUGGAACCCCUGGGUUUUCUGGUGCUGAUCUUGCCAAUAUUAUCAAUCACGCAGCCAUCAAGGCAUCAAAAGACAGUUCAAAGUAUGUCACCAUGGCUGAUUUGGAGUGGGCUAAAGACAAGAUUAUUAUGGGUUCAGAAAGAAAAUCUGCAGUCAUUACCGACGAAAGCAAAAAGUUGACUGCUUACCACGAAGGUGGGCAUACUCUUGCUGCUCUAUAUACUGAGGGUGCCAUGCCACUUCACAAAGUCACUGUGAUUCCUCGUGGAAAUGCUCUUGGAGUCACUGUGCAGCUCCCCGAAGGUGAUCGAAACUCCCAAACAAAACGGGAACUGAUUGCAAUGCUGGAUGUCUGUAUGGGUGGCCGUGUAGCCGAAGAAUUGAUCUAUGGAGGAGACUACGUAACUACUGGCGCAUCAAGCGAUCUUCAAAAGGCAACAAGUGUAGCACGACAAAUGGUGCUUUCGUAUGGUAUGAGCAAGCAAGUUGGUCUACAGAGCUUCGAUAAUGAAAGUUUUGAGCAAGCAAGUUCCCAAACGCGUGCGACUGUUGAAGCAGAAGUAAAGCUUUUGUUGGACUCCUCUUAUGCACGCACGUUGGAGCUAUUACAGAAUCAUAGUGAGGAACUGCAUCGUCUUGCACAGGCUUUGAUUGAUUAUGAAACGUUGACACAGGAAGAAGUCAAG